GCACAAGAGGCCACCGCAGCGGGCAGGCGGCGAGCAAGACGCCUCCACACGUCUCUCCCCCUUCCCCUUCCCCUUCUUCCUUCCCCGUCCCUGUAGCGGCGCCCAGACCAGCCAAACCCCGUGGAAUCCUCGCCCGAUGCGGCGCGGGUAGGCGCCGGGGGGCGGAGCGGAAUGGCGGGGGGAGGCGAGAAGCGGCGCCGGGUGGGAGGUGGGGGCCACGACGAGGAGGAGGAGGAGGAGGUGGACCGCAUCUCGGAGCUGCCGGACGCGCUGCGGCUGCAGAUUCUGAGCCUGCUGCCGCUCAAAUCGGCCAUCCGCACCGGCGCGCUCUCCUCGCGGUGGCGGGGCCUCUGGGAGCAGCGCUGGCCGGAGCCAUCCUCGCUGCGCAUCCGCCUCCCGCCCGGCGCGGCGGGGGCGGCGGCGCGGGUGGAGCAGUUCGGGGCCAUCGACCGCCGAGGGAGGCGCCGGAUGGACUGCUUCUCGCUCGCCUUCCACAGCGGGCAGCUCGCGCAGCCGGACCUCAGGCGCUGCCUCGACUACGCGGCC